AUGCAAACAUGUUCAACAUUAGAUACAAGUUCAAAGAAUUUAUUUACAAAUAUUGAACGGUUAGGUACACGUGAUUUAUUAUCAUAUGGACAACUUUCAUAUGAUACUAUAUUAACAUCAAUUCAAAGUAAUAAUACAUUACCAUUAUCAGUUUUUUCAUUUAUAUAUGUAUCUGAUUUAUUUACAUCAUCACAACAUUUAUCAAAUUUAUAUGAUUUAUGUGAUGAAUAUUUUCGUACAUGGUUUAAUGAAUAA